GUGCUGGGCGCCGACGCGGCACCCUUCUUGGAGGACGUGGCGGUGAUGCGGGUCCUCCGCCUGGGGCAGCUGAUGAGGACGGUGCGGGUUCUGAAGUUCAAGAUGUUCAGCGAGCUUCGGCAAAUCACCAUGGGCAUCAUGAACGGCUGCGAGGUCCUCUUCUGGGCUGUGGUGUUGCUCUUCGCUGU